AAAAGAUUAAUAACAUAGUAAUAAAUAAUCAUUUUUUUUUAAAAAAAAACUAUGGGAAACGGUAAGUCAAAAAUUAAAAAACAAACAAAACUUACGACAGAGGUUAAGCCUCAAAUAAUAAAUGAAGUAAAAGAAGAUAAAGAACUGAAAUAUUAUUUACCAAAUAAUUAUACGGACGUUGAUAGACAACACAAUAAUACAUUUGUAAAAAAAGAAGUUUUUCAAGGUAGUUUUUCUGCUUCUAUUGAAGAGAGAUUAAAUAGAGGAGAAUGUAAAGUAUUAGAUGUAUGUUGUGGUCCUGGAACAUGGUUAUUAGACCUAGCAGCCAAACACGAGAAAUCCUCUUUUUUUGGAGUGGAUAUUAAGCCAAUAUUUCCAACGGAGAUAAAACCAUCAAAUUUAAAUUUUAUUCAAGCAGAUGUAUCGAAUGGAUUACCAUUUCCUGAUAACGAAUUUGAUUUUGUGAAUCAGGAAACAAUGUUAUUUAUUUGGACGAUAGAUCAAUGGGAUUUUAUCCUAUCUGAGCUCGUUAGAGUAACAUGCCCAGGUGGAUAUAUUCAAAUAUGCGAGCAAAAUUUUUCUGUAUAUAAAGGCAUAGGUCCAGUUUUUUAUAAAAUUCUUGAAGAUGGACAUUACGCCUCUGGUUUAAAGCGAAAUGUAGAUAUAAAAAUAACACCUCGUCUUAAGGAAAAACUUGGAUCCCAGCAAAAUAUUACAACGGUUCAUGAAGAAGAAAGACAAGUUGUUCUUGGUCCAAAUGGUGGUAAAAUUGGAUUAGCAUUACAAGACAUUUAUUUAAGUUAUAUGUCAACUAAUAUAGCAAUUGAAACAAUGAGUGUUCUUUUAGGAAUGUCAAAGGAAGAAUAUAGAAAUCAUUUAAAUUAUGAUCUUAUAAAUGAAUUUAAAGAAACUAAUACUUUUCAUAUAGUAAAUAGAUAUUGGGCUCAAAAGAAUGUAAAUUAAAAGUGUCUUCUUAUUAAAAAUAUAUUAAUGUACUUAUUUAUUAUACAGUUAUUAUUGUACUACUUUAU